CGGCCUACCGCGGACCUGGCUAAUUCCUGGUCGGCCCCGACAUUUUAUUAAUUUUAUUUUUAGCUUUCUUCUACACGUUGUGCUAAGCAGUCCAAUAAAAGCUUGCUAAGAUGUUCAUCCUACAAAGUGUAACUGUUUACACCUUAUUAAAUCAAUGGACAGUCCAGUACAGUGCCGCCAGGUUGGGUUUGCUAGCUUGCCUUGAGGCUAGCCUCGUCCAAAUUUGGCAUUCCUCAGCUGAAGUUUGCUAGGUCUGCAUUAGCUCGGCUAGCCCCGUCUUUUCCAUUUAAUAUCACUUUAACGGAUACUGAGCUUGACAUGCUUGUGUGCCCCAGCUAAUCGAUGAAAUCCCAUCAGCUGCACUGUUAGCUUAAGAUAACGUUGAAUGGAUUAGCAGAUAAUUUGGAUAGCGUUACUGUGUCGGCUGUUGUGAUUAACGAUGUUUGACGAGCUUCACUGUCAAAUAACACCGACGCUGUUCAUAAUGCAGGCUGAUAAUCGAGUCAACUCUUUAUCCAGACUUCACACAAUCUAGCUAACUAGUGUCCCAAAUUUAGCCAACUUGUCAUUUUACCGUCAUUUCGCUGAACUUACGAUGCCGCACUGGCUUGCUAACGCCUUACAUGUGACUGCUAAAACAAUGAGGCUGAGAAUGCGUAAGGCGUCUCAGCAACCGAACCCCACGCUGGCCAGCCGCCCAUCCAGAACCAAGCGGAGGCAUUCAGAAGUAGAAGAGGACACUCCUACCAGCGGAGGGAGGGGAUUGUUCUCAACCAUCAAGAAGUUCAUCAGAGGAAAUGCUGUGAAGGUGCAGCAGGAAAGCCCAGCCAAGAAGACACGCCUCCACUGUGAUGUGGACAACAACCUGAUCACCUCCACCACCCCAAACACCAACACCCCUCGGAAGACCAUAAGCAGAGUCGGCAGGAGAGGCUCCGUCAAUGGACAGGCAACCAAUCAUGACAGGAGUAAGGAGAAGCCCAACGGUAGUCUGGAGGAGACGACGGCCGUUGAGGUGACCACCAGCCCCCCCAGAACAACCCUUCUUGGGACCAUCUUCUCUCCUGUUUUCAACUUCUUCUCACCAGCUAAGAAUGCCUCUUCUGGCUCAGACUCUCCAGACCAGGCGUUGGAGGCCGAGGAGAUAGUCAAGCAGCUGGACAUGGAGCAAGCUGUUGAGACUCCGACCAGCACGGCGACGUCCACACAGGAAAUGUGUGCCACCACUAACUUCUACUCUAGUGUAUCCCAGCUGCCACCUCUGCGGCCUCCACACAUCCUGGAGGCAUCUCCCACGACGGAGGAGGGAGAGCUGGAUGCCGAUGCUGACCUUCCCCCCCUCACAGCUCCAGGCUCCAGUCCAGACAUGGCGUAUGUGGACGCUCCUCCCACCGCAGUACCACCGGAGGCAUCCUAUGAGGAAGACUGGGAGGUCUUUGACCCGUACUUCUUCAUCAAGCACGUCCCUCCGCUGACGGAGGAGCAGCUCACCCGGAAGCCAGCCUUGCCGUUGAAGACGCGCAGCACGCCUGAGUUCUCUCUGGUCCUGGACCUGGAUGAAACGCUGGUCCACUGCAGUUUGAAUGAGCUGGAGGAUGCAGCACUUACCUUCCCUGUCCUCUUCCAGGAUGUCAUUUAUCAGGUGUAUGUGCGCUUGAGGCCGUUCUUCAGAGAGUUUCUGGAACGCAUGUCUCAAAUAUACGAGAUCAUCCUUUUCACAGCUUCUAAGAAGGUGUAUGCAGACAAACUGCUCAACAUCUUGGACCCUAAGAAGCAGCUCGUGAGACACCGGUUGUUUCGGGAGCAUUGUGUCUGUGUCCAGGGAAACUACAUCAAGGACCUCAACAUCUUGGGCAGAGAUCUGUCAAAAACCAUCAUCAUCGACAAUUCACCACAAGCCUUUGCAUAUCAGCUGUCCAAUGGGAUUCCCAUAGAGAGCUGGUUCAUGGACAAGAAUGACAAUGAGCUGCUGAAGCUGGUGCCCUUCCUGGAGAAGCUGGUGGAGAUGAACGAGGAUGUGCGGCCGCACGUUCGGGAGCGGUUCCGGCUUCACGACCUGUUGCCUCCUGAUUGAACUGGACCGCCGGUCUCAGAACGGGACGACGUGAAAAGACUGAAAACGACACGCGUGUAAAAAGCCUCUCUUUGGAUUACAAACUACAACAUUGCCAUUACUUUUAAAACUUUAGCCUUUUUUUUCCUCCUCGUUUUGUUUUUAAGUACACCAUUGCUUUUUAAAAACUUCAAAAGAAAAACAUUUUUAAAGAUCUGGGUGAAAUUUUCUAAAAAAAAAAAAAAAUCUCUGAAUGCAUAGCUGAAGUCACACGUCCUGUGUACCGGCCCAGGUCGACCCGUCUCUCUGAGCGACUCUCCAGCUGUGGAGCCACUCGGCGGCUCCACGCUGCAUUCUGAAGUCUUGGUGCUGGUUUAGUGGAUGUGAAAACGCCACCUGGUAAAGAGGAACUCGGCCCGACAGAGUCCCUGAACCCAAACCGACCCCUGGUGCUCACGCUGUUGACACUCUGGCUACAGACCCGUUGCAGCAGGACCGACCGGCCCGGCGACCCAUCUGUGCAUGUGUGUAUGUUUACUCCUAGCCACACACACACUCACCGAUGUGGGCGAGCCACAGUCUGUAGCCGUUCAACCAUAUGCAUUCCUCUGUAGCUCUGUCCACUUUCUAUCGUCGGUUGCAGUUUUUUCUGGUAAAACUGGUGUUUCAUUGUUUUUAAGAAAAAAAGACAAAAAAAGCUAGAAUGUUUUAUUCUGUUUGUAAGAUAUUUUAAAAGGGGUCAUGUCCUUCUGUUGUGAGCCUUUUCCCCGUGACGAGAACGUGGGCGCGUUCACGACGGUCCACCGCAAACGAAGAGGAGCUAAAUCCACGACUUAGUUUGUUCUAACAACUCGAGGUUUGAAUCAGCGUGUUGGCUUCACUGUGGACACAUCAUGGCUCCUUAAUUAACGUUAGGAUUAAGAUCUUCUUACCUGUAAAUCUGACAUAUUGUAAUGGUUGGAGGGCAUUCGUUGACAUUAACCUUUCUUUAUUACUAGUAUUUGAUUUGUCAUUCAUGUGUAAUCAGUAUUGUCUCUUACUCCUAAUCAAGUAUUCUGGCUGAGCUGUUUCUUUGAGCUGUGAUCCGAUGGCUAUGUCAGUAGCAUUACCGCUAAUGUAGCACAUCUCUAGCAGUGUGUCCUGAAGUCCACGGCCAGAGCCUGAACCAGCCAUACAUGUGGAACCAGCAGCGUCCUGUUACCGUCAGCCCCUCUAGCCGUCUGUCUCAUACGUUUUUAGUGCUUUUAAACAUUCGUUCUUUCUUUUAGCACAGUUUAAGGUGUCGUGUUUCAGGAAUGGUAACUAUAUGAAUGUGUUGCUGCCCAGCUGCAGGCGGGACUUUUACUCCUCUGUUGUUUCAGCUUAAUUUAUUUAACAGUGAGACACACAGCAGGUGGAAAUGUAGAUGUUGGCGACUUCACCGGCCUGAAGCCGGGAGGUCCAUCAUGUUAGUCCGAUGUUACCAGUCAGCUCCCAGGCCCUCUAGAGGGAACCUCUGUGACAACUUGGCAUGCGUUGUUUCUCUUCAGUUCUUGUUUGAAAGUGCAUUUUAAAGCAGAAGUGGGAGUUUGGGUUGCCUGUACAGUGCCAUACGAGCCCUCUCCUCUCCACCUCCCCCCCGUGGCAUCUCCCUGCUCUCACCCUCAAAACGCUUCGAUGGAAAGAGACAAUCAGACCUCACAGCUCUGCACAGGCAGAACCACGGAGACGCCCAUCCUCCCUGUGUGUUAGCUUCUUUUUUCCAGUGUUCAGUGUGUGUUGUGUAGUGUGACUCCCAUGCCCCUCCCCAGGUGUAAUUAUCCAGGUGAGUCCUGCCCCAACGAUCCCUGCUGCUCCCUUCAGCACAGGUUCUGUUCAGAGGUGGUUCCCAUCUGCUCAGUGCUGGCCCGUCUUCUGCCUUUUCUCACCAGAAGUUAGUAGCUCUCCUGAAAUCAGAAUUUGUUUUUAUUCAAGUGAAAUCGUUAAAGGGCACAAUGGUGUGAACUCGUCCCGGCGAGCGCACAUGUCCAGACUAUGAAUGUAAAUUGUACAUGGGGUGAAGGCUCCGGCGUCGUCCCAGAGUCCACGUUGUGUUCUGUCUUCAGCUAGAACAGACCGAUGAUGGAUGGCAGCUCAUACCUGCCGUCCAGACGUCUAACAGAAGGCAAAGAGAACACCUGUGGACCUGGGACGGCGCCUUGAGGUCCCACCAUGGUAGCCCCCUCCCAGUCCCACCACCUCCACCAUCCUGACUGCCAUCUCCGCGUAUGCGAGCCUCGCCCUGAGCGCGUCCUCGGUGGGCCGUGAUGACGUAAAAUGAUCGGUCACGGCGUUUUGCUGAAGGAUCAGCGGGAGGCGUUCCAUACUGCUCAUCCUGCUCAUCUUUAUGUGCAUUACCAGUUUAUUGUACACCGAGUGUUGUACAAUACAUGCAGCUUCAUGUUAAAAAAAUCCUUAAAGUAAGGAAAAUCUUUUGUAUUUUUGAUUUCAAAAGGCAUGUCAUAUCUACUUUUUAAAUGUAUUAAUGAAGAUUUAACUUUACAUCAGAUGGAGUGUUUUGUUUUUUUCUUACAAAUAUCUGUAUGUUUAGUUUAGCGCUAUGUCACUGAACUGUUAAACUUAGCAUGUAGACAAUACAGCUUGCUUUGUGGGAAAGUCCUGAAUUAAAUUUUAAUCAUGGAACUUUUUCUGCAGAAAAAAAAAACAAAAAAAAAAGCAGUCGUGUUAAUGACUUUUAUUUUUUUCUUCCCGAUACCCGUUAAGCCAUUUUACUUGCAAGAAUUGCUAUUUGUGCUGAAGAUGUAUUUAAAAAGCUGUUUUAAGACAUCUUUGUUAUCUGUCAGGCUGUAUGCUAUUGUAAAGUGUAUAUACAGUUACAUUGAAUUUCUGAAACAAAGUUUUAAAGUUAAAAACA